GCAGAAUGUUGGCAACAGCAUUGCUAAUCGUCGGCGGCCUUGCGGCCACCUGGACGCUGUGGGUGCACGUGCUUCGCCCAAGCCAUGAUCUCCUCCGCAGAUACCAAAAGGGCAGCGUUCGCCCAUGGGCCCUGAUCACUGGCGCGUCCGAUGGCAUCGGCAAGGCGUUUGCUCUGGAGCUGGCCAAGCGCGGCUUCAACAUCGUCCUCGUGUCUCGCACCCAGUCCAAGCUGGACGCCUGCGCCCAAGAGAUCAAGAAGGCGAGCCCCUCCGCGGAGACACACGUGGUAAGCAUUGACUUUGCCAAGUCCGACUUCCACGCCAUCCGCAAGACCGUCGAUGACGCCUGCAAGAACCGCGACAUUGCACUGCUCAUCAACAAUGCAGGCAUGGGUACUCUGCCGACGCGGCUGCACGAGCUGAACGACAGUGAGACACAACAAGCCAUCGACACCAUGCAGGUCAACGUUGUCGCCUUCACCGCCGUCCUCAGAGGUGUGACACCGCACCUUGUUGCGCGGGACCACCGCGGUGGGAUUGUCAACGUGUCGUCGGCAUCAGCCCUGCACGGCCUCCCUUACAACGCCGUCUACGCUGGCAGCAAGGCGUACAACAACCUGGUCAGCCACACGAUUGGCGUUGAGCUGAAGGAGAACAAGAUCGAUGUCCUCUCCUUCACACCGCUCUUCAUCCAGACCAACAUGGUGCGAGCCAAGGCCAACCUGUUCAUUGCCACGGCGCCAGCAGCGGUCAAUGCGUGCCUGCGCAGUCUCGGGUACGAGUCGCGCACAACGGGCACGCUCUCGCACAAACUGCAGAGCCUUGCUGCCACCAUCUACCCGCCGCUCGCCGGCGAGAUGAGCAUCAGCACCAUGAAGAAAGUCCGCAAGCAGGCGUUGGCGCGCAUGGCAGCAAAGGCGAAGAAGCAGUGAUCGCUGAGCCCUUCCUUCGCCCCAUCAGCGCCGGCCCCUUGUUUUUGCUGUUGUCGCUGCAGUCUGUUACGUGUCACGCCCAAGUUGGCAUCGCCGCAGUAAAACCCGUCCGCCAC